CGAAAUGUCCCCUAUCUAGCCACAAGAUGGCGGCAUUUCCACAUCCAAGCUCCAACCAGCGGCGUUGUGAUUGGCCGGUGGUGGGGUCCGUAGAUUCCGUCUCUCCAUGGUAACCACGUGUGACCAGACUUCCGCCCUCAGCAGCGGCUGCCGGGAGAAUGUUUACCGAACUGAACAGCCUGCUGGGAGCCAGCACCGAGAGCCUGGAGCGGGGAAAACUGAUAUUGAUCCGUGACUGUGAGAGUGAUGGGAGCUUUCUUGUGCAUCAUUUCCUGUCUUACUAUGUGAAAGCUGGCUGUAAGGUGUGUUUUCUGGGCCUCGUGCAAUCGUUCAGUCACUACAACGUCAUUGCUCAGAAGCUGGGGGUGAACCUUGUGUCUGCCAAGGAUGAUGGGCAGCUGAUAUUCCUGGAAGGUCUGCGAUCCUACACAGACCUACUCUUUGGGAAACAGGAGACUGAACAGGCAAACCCCCUGCGCUUCCUGCGGGCAGGAUCGGACCUCAAGCCACUGUAUGACUUUGUUUGUGCUUCAUUGGCGCCCUCAUCAGAUGAAUCCUGGAAAUGUCCAGUGCUGAUUAUCGAUGAUGUUAGUGUGCUGCUCAGUUUGGGGGUGACAGCUGUGCAAGUCUUGGACUUCAUGCAAUACUGUAGAGCCAGUGUGUGCUCUAAAUACAAGGGAAAUGUGCUGUGUCUGGUCCACAAUCACAGCGAGUGUGAGGAUGAGGAGAAUGAAUUGGUGACGAAGUCUUUAUGGCAUCAGAGCAGCCUUGUCCUACACACAGAGGGUCUCACAACCGGGUUCUGUAAAGAUGUGCAUGGCCAGCUUACUCUCACUUGGCGAGUGCCCACUGGAAGGAAGGGAGAGAAAGAGAAGUCUGAAGUUUACCAGUACAAAAUACACGAUAAAAACGUCACCUUUUUUGCACGAGGCUUGUCUGCGGCAGUUCUGUGAGGAGGAGAAACUGCUUUAUUCAAGGAAAUAGAAAUUAGAUUUUCAGAAAAAAUGGACUUACUGCAUAUACGGCCAAUGCUUUUCUGGAAUAACACCAAUUAAGUGGAUUGCCAAAACUGCACGGGGAGAUCUAUCCUGGACAUAUUCCCUGGCCAACGAUUCAGGAGCACUUCCAAUGCUUAACUCUUGGGAGCCCUUGCAGUAACAAUGAGACUUGUAUUCCUCACAUCGGAAAACUCUGCAUAUUAGGACUCUCAUUCUGUUAGCUCAGUGCAUUCUAUGUAUGGAGAUGUCUUGGACUCUGAUUGGUGAGAUACAUGCAGCUGUACUGGAAGGAGAUCUAGUAAUCAAUAGUCAUAGCAACCCUUACACUGCCAAUGUCAUGGGAUUAAACAUCAUGUCUCCUUUUAUACUGUGUAGUCUAGAUUCACUAAACAACGAAUUGAAA